GUAUUUUUUGUUAUUAAAAAACGUUCCAAAAUAAUAAUUAUAAGCCCUGGCUCUAUAUAAUGUGACGUAAAAGUUCUCCUACUUUAAUAAUAAAUAAAAUAAAGUUGCAAUGGUGCCAGCUCGAUCACUUCCAACGUCACAACACGUCAUAACCUCAAAAAAUUGUUGUCGAGUUGUUUCUGUUUAUGUUUUCAAUAUUCCUAAAUAAGAGUCUUUAAUGAUUUUCACCCUAACACGGAAAAAUGUCUGCAAUUUUUAACCUACAAAGCCUACUAACGGUGGUCCUCUUGGUAAUAUGCACUUGUGCCUACUUAAAGUCGUUUUUUCCCACGAUUUUGGACAAAAGCCGGACAGGUUUCCUGAAAACUUGCUGGAAGUGUGCUCGGAUAGGUGAGAGAAAGAGCCCUUGGAUUGCCGCUGCUUGUCUCAUGAUGGCCUUCUCUAUUCUAUUUAUUAAAUAAUUAACGCUUACCUGUAAUAUUUCUGUAUUUAUGUUUUAGAAUAAAUUUAUAUUUUUUA